UCCGGUACAGUGUAUCUGUCCCUUGCAUCGGGCAAGUCUCAGGCAGGGGGAAGGAAGAAGUGUUUGUUGGUCCAGGCAUGUUCUGAAACCACAUAAAUAUCCGGGUGAUUAGCCUUCUCAAGAGGACAGACAGGACACUCUGAAGGCGUCGGAAGUCAAAAGAGCCAGUUUACUUCAGGAGUGUAACUCUCACACACACUGCUUUGGAGUAUUAGGCCAGUUGGAGCGAACGUUAGCCAGCCAGCUAACUAUUGCUAACCUCUUUUGUGGGAUUGAGCCGACAUUUCGUUGGACAGGCCAGUACUGGAUGGAUAUAAACGUCUAAUUUAACUGGAGUGCCGGAAAAAGAACACUCCAAAUUCAACAUAGAUCAGAUUUACCCUGAGCACCAUUCUGUGUGGAACUAGCAACACCAGAACUGACAUGGGUACACCAGGUUCAGGGCGAAAACGUGCACCUAUCAAGGACCGAUUCUCUGCUGAGGAUGAGGCCUUAAAUAGCAUAGCACGAGAGGCAGAGGCCAGACUUGCAGCAAAGCGAGCUGCUAGGGCAGAAGCCCGAGACAUCAGAAUGAGAGAACUGGAGCGGCAACAGAAAGAGGCUGAUACAGACAAGGCCCGCUACAGCAAUCAAUCCAGAAGCCGGAGUCGCAGAAAGGGCCUGGAAGAUGAUGCCGUGUCAGUCCACAGCAGUGGAAGUUUCAGGUCUUCUGCGUCAUCGCUGCGAGGCAACUCGCAGUACUCAAGCCUCACGACCAGCUCGAGGAAAAAAAGCUUGGUGUCGGAUGGCAGUAGUUCCUCUCUGAAGAGCUCUCAUUCCACUAGCUCAGUGUAUAAUGACCUUCAUAGGAAGUCUGCUUCCUACAGGAAAAAACCUGACCUACUGACAGGAUUGUAUUAUGACCAAAGGAAAUACAGCACUCUAAAGAGCUCCAAACCAUCUUCUCCUCUCUCCUCCACUGUCUCGACCCAUCAGCCGCUGGCUUCCAGCACUCCCUCCACUGGGCUGAUGCGUAGCUACAGUGCGGCCUCAAUUUGUGAUGCGGGUCUCUAUGGGCCGUAUGGUUCCAGAGCAACGUCCGAAUACAGCUGGUGCUCUUCUGGGGCUAGUUCCACCCGCAGUAGUUCAGUGUCCUCUUCUGAUGAUGAUUCUGCCAGCACUACAUCUCAGGAUCACAAACGUGGAAGGAGGGAUAGUGUGUCAUCUGAACUUUCUGACAUGAGUGAGACUGCUGCUGACUAUUUCAGCCGUUCGAACCGCAGAGGUAGUAUUGUUUCUGACCUAGAUGAUCAGAGCAUCCCAGAUCUGGACAUUUUGGACGAAAAAUGUGACAAGCAGUACUCGGAUUCCUUCAGUCGGCCAUCAUCUCGAUGUGCCACUCCAGGCCUCUCUGCGGCCGCAUUGGCCUCUCUUGGUGGUACUUCAUCCAGACGAGGCAGUGGGGACAUGACGAGUAUGAUCAUCGAACCAGAUGCCUCUCUCAGUGAACUGAGGGACAUCUAUGAUCUAAAGGACCAGAUUCAGGAUGUAGAGGGGCGAUAUAUGCAGGGUCUUAAAGAGCUGAAGGAAUCUCUGACUGAAGUGGAAGAGAAGUAUAAGAAGGCCAUGGUUUCGAAUGCACAACUUGACAAUGACAAGGCAAACCUCAUCUACCAGGUAGACACUCUCAAGGACGUCAUUGAGGAAAUGGAAGAGCAGAUGUCAGAGCUGAUCAGGGAAACGGAGGAGAAGACAAAGGAAUCAGAGAGGCAAAAGCAUACAUGUUCAGUCCUGCUGCAUAAACAAGAGGAGCUAAAAGAGGGAAUCCGUCAGCGAGACGAACUUAUUGAGGCUUUAGAGAGACAGAAAGAGUACUUUGAUUGCAUUAGGAAUGAGAGGGAUGAGCUCAGAGAUGAGCUGGCUGACCUCAAGGGGAAAUCCAAAACAGUAGAGAAACAUGGGCUGGUUAUCAUUCCCGAGGGCAUGCCCAAUGGGGAUGUCAGUCCUGACUCCCACACCUCAGCGAUCACUCUCGUCACUCAGGAAGCUGCUCAAGUUCUGGAGUCAGCUGGAGAUGGACCUCUGGAUAUUCGACUACGAAAGCUUGCUGAAGAAAAAGAAGAACUUUUAUCCCAAAUCAGGAAACUAAAAACGCAGCUACAGGAGGAGAGACAGAAACAUUCUAAGAUGGAAAGUGUUUACUCAGAUGGAGAACGAAUAGAAAAUGGCACCGACUUGAACUUUAUUGAAAUGCAGAGAGAUGCUAACCGACAAAUUAGUGAAUAUAAAUUCAAGCUUUCAAAGGCGGAACAAGAAAUGGGUACAAUGGAACAAAAUGUAAACAGACUUGAAGGUCAGGUCUCAAGAUACAAAGCAGCAGCUGAUAACGCUGAGAAAAUUGAAGAUGAACUAAAGGCAGAGAAAAGAAAACUUCAAAGGGAGCUGCGUAGCGCGCUGGACAAAAUUGAAGAAAUGGAGAUGACCAACAACCACUUGGUGAAGCGACUGGAGAAGAUGAAAGCAAAUCGCAAUGCUCUCCUCUCUCAGCAGUGAUGAGAUUAGCCUUGGACACUACAUCCUUAACAGCCCUUAAAUAUCUCAGAUUAUUCUGCCACACACUGCAAUUGCUGCUUCUGCCACCUAACACCUCAUAUCUAUGGGAAAUCCAAAAGAAACACUUGGUAGCAACAGCAAAUACUUUACAUUAUUUCACUAAAGAUAAAGUUUGAUGCACACCUCAGUUUGCCUUGAAGGGAAUAAGCAUGGUUAAAACUGAUUUUUUCCUUUGUUCAACCUGAGGGCUUUUUUUCCCCCGUGGUAUUGUGUUUUGAAAGCUUUGUAUAUCAUAGCUUUCAUCUGGGUUAUAUUGUGUGGAUUGGGUGCUUGAUUCCUCCUAAUGUCUUCUGCUUCAGCAAUAGGCUGCAUGAACGAGUGUAAAAGUGUAUUUUAAAUUACUUUCACAGAACUGUCCACAUUGAUAUGUGUUUGCAACAAUGUGCCUUUGUUCACAUGGGAACUAAGGGUUUGCAUUAUAAAAAAAAAAAAGAAAUCGUAUUGGUACAGAAAAUAUUUAAUAUAGGGAUUCAGCCUGAUGUGAUGGUAUUAACCAAUUCUCUACUAUGGUUUCAAUGAGGUUUCAAAAAUAUUUAAAAUAAAAGAGUAAAUUGGAUUGAUGUGUGAAUGAAAUGAGUGUUUUAGCUACAUUUAGGAGUCAUUAGAGUUUUUAUUUGAAGUAAUGGUUCUAAAAAUAUUUAAAAAUGCAAAACAAACAUUUCAUAUGUCCAAGUCUUCCUGAUUAAAUAUUUAAAGCAUUGAAAGUUACUGAUUACACUUACUGGCCACUUUAUUAGUAACACCAUACUAAUACUGGGUAGGUGUGCAGGUGUAACGAGUAAAGAGGCCAUCGAGUGUGUCUGGAAAUAUUAUGGAGGGUUUCAUUCAGAUUUAGUUUAUGUUCUUCAGCAAUGUUGUACUGUUUAAUUUCUUUUUUGGCUGUAUUGAAAUGAGUUUGGAUUAAUUAACAUUCACAUGGUAUGAUCACAUGAUAACCAUACAGUCCUCUGAAAUAUUGGAAGAGCAAGGCCAAUUCUUUUAUUUUGCUAUACAACUGAAGACAUUUGGGUUUGAGAUCAAAAGAUGAAUAUGAGACGGUUCAACAGAAUUUCAGCUUUCACUUCCUGAUAUUUACAUCUAGCUGUGUUAAACAACUUAGAACAUGGCACCUUUAGUUUGAACACCAUUUUUUUCCCCCCAAGUGAUAAAAAAGAUUGGAACAUGUGAUUGACAAGUGUUUCUUGUUGCCCGGGUCUGCCCUGUUAGAUUGAUUGAUCAGUUAAUAGCUCUAAAUAACUCUUGGUUUGAGUCCUGGGUUUUGCCUGUAAAAACUGCAUUUGUUGUUAAAAAUGAUAAUCCAACAUGAAGACCGGAGAGCUGUUUAUGAAAAGCAAGCCAUUUUGAAGCUGAGAAAAGAGGGAAAACCAUUACCCAAGCAUUGGGCAUAGCCAAUAGAAUGUCCUGAAAAAUAAAGAAGCCGCUGGUGUACUAACAGACAUCAGACAGGUCGGCCAAGCAAAACAGUAGUAGAUGAAAGAAAUAUUGUGACAGUUGUGAAGAAAAACCCAAAAACAACAUUCAGGCCAACAACAACCUCCACAGGGCAUGGACGCUAGCAGGGCUUCCACUGUUUGAAGAUGACUUCAAGAUCAGGAAUAUAGAGGCCAUACCACAAGAUCCAAACCACUCAUCAGCGAGAAUCAGGAGGCCAAAUUGGAAUUUGCAAAGAAAUACACCAUUGACCCACAAAAGUCCUGGAACUAACCUCUGCCAAAGUGAUGAAAAGGCCAAACUGUGGAGGAAGAAAAGUGCUCAUGAUUCCAAAUAUACGAGAUCAAUGGUCAAGCACAGUGGAGGUGGUGUCAUGGCAUGGGUUUGCGUGGCUAUGGAAUACCAUUUAAGUCAAAAAGAGAAAACAUAAAUAAAAAAAAACCCAAGCAAAUAAAUAAAUAGAUAUGACUGACUAUUAAAUAAA